UAUCCUCAUGAGUGAUUGGACGAGGUGAAUCUUUAAAAAUCUGGAUUGUGUUGAAGGCAAAUUUAGUAAACAAUAGUCGAGGAAGAAGAACACAUCUUUGCUGCAACUGAUUUGGACAAGUCAUGAGUGGAUGUCCGUACUUUGAGAAGAGGCAUUUGUUAUUCAAAAACAAGCCUCCCAAAACAGAAGAUGAUGAAGAUGCCUCUCAGGCAGGGGUUAACAAGGCCAGUAAAGGAGGUAUUAUCUAUGGAGACUACCUGCAGCUCGAUAAAAUAGUCGAAGCUCAAGUACUACAGAGUGAACUGAAGGGUAAUAAGAUCCAUGAUGAGCACCUUUUCAUCGUCACCCAUCAAGCCUAUGAACUGUGGUUCAAACAGAUCUUGUUUGAACUUGAUUCAGUGCGAGAGAUCUUCAUCAGUGGACAUGUCCGUGAUGAGCGCAACAUGCUCAAAGUCAACACUCGCAUCCACAGGAUUGUAAUGAUCUUCAGACUGUUGGUGGAACAGUUUGCAGUUUUGGAAACAAUGACAGCCUUGGACUUUUUUGACUUUAGGGAAUACCUGUCUGCAGCCUCUGGCUUCCAAAGCCUUCAGUUUCGGCUCUUGGAGAACAAAAUCGGGGUCCCGGACAACCUGAGGGUUCCCUACAACAGACGUCAUUACAGGGACAACUUCAAGGGUCAUGAUAGUGAGAUGUUACUCGUCACUGAACAGGAGCGCACACUAUUAAAACUUGUAGAGGAGUGGCUGGAGAGAACCCCUGGCUUGGAGGCAGAUGGAUUCAAUUUCUGGGAAAAGCUGGAAAUCAAUAUAUUCGAUGGGUUGAAUCAGGAGAAGGAGAAACUUGAGAAAAUGCCAGAUUCUGAGGAGAAGGAGGAACUGAUGGAAGAGCUGGUCAAACAGAGAGAGCUCUUCACAUCCCUGUUUGACGAGAAACGUCAUGAUCAUCUCCUCAGCAAAGGUGAGAGGCGGCUCUCUUACAAGGCUCUACAAGGUGCUCUGAUGAUCUACUUCUACAGAGAAGAGCCGAGGUUCCAGGUUCCAUUCCAACUGCUCACCUCCCUCAUGGAUAUUGACACCCUUAUGACAAAAUGGAGAUACAAUCAUGUGUGCAUGGUGCAUCGUAUGAUUGGCAGCAAAGCUGGCACAGGAGGAUCAUCUGGCUACCACUACCUGAGAUCUACUGUCAGUGACCGCUACAAAGUGUUUGUGGAUCUAUUCAACCUGGCAACAUUUCUGGUGCCACGUCACUGGGUGCCCAAGAUGAAUCCCAACGUUCACACAUUCCUCUACAUGGCCGAGUGCUGCGACAGUUCCUACUGCAGCAGUGAGGACUCUGACUAGGGAGCAUCGAUCUCAGUCGUCUCUUCUGACUCCCUUUGUAUCACUGCAACUGACCUAGAAGCAGUAGAUCCUUUGCACAGCUGAAAAGAGUUGGUGACAGGUGCAGAGGUGGCCUUCAAAUUUCGACUGACAAAGCACAUGAUGUUUCAGUCUUGGACCUCAGAUUGACAUCAGGUUGAUACACCUUACAAAGCUCUCAUAUUGAUAUAUCUUGUAUUAAUAAUGGCAGUCUUAUGAGGAUUUUAGAGUGAACUAUAACCUAUAUUUGAUUGUAAACUCAAAAAAGGUCACUUUUAAAUCAUCUUUCAUCCCAACUUAAGGUUAUCCAGUAUCCAGAAAAGGGAUAUUGUAGUUGAAUGUAGGAAGGAAAAAAGGAUGGUUGACAGUGUAAACCACAACAAUAUCAAUUAUGGAGAGAUGGUUGGGAUUUCUUUUUUAAACCACAUUCUGACACAUAAAUAUACAUGACACAAUUUGUACUUUUAAAUGUUUUGCAAGCUAGGUGAAAAUUUAGUUUGACACUAUAAUCAGGCCAAAUAUUGCUGAACAGUCUGCAGCACAGAGGUUCACAAAUCAAAAUCAAACCUGUAAUAGGGUCUUACCCUGCAUACAACAAAUAGCCACAUUAGACUAUUUUACUCUAAUCUCUGAUCUUGACCAGUCACACAGCAGAUGGCUCCUUGAUAAGACUUGCUUAGAUGUUUUCUCAAUAAAAUUAUGUAAAUUCACUGACCGACCUGAAAGCAAAUAGAUCAGUGAGAGCAGCGAUCAAACUGCUGGUGAUGAUGGGAUUUUGUAAAUACAUCAUAUUUCAUGUCAGCAUGCAGAGGAGGCUCUUCAGACUAUAGUGAUGUGGCUCAAGUGUGAGAGGAAGUAGAUAAGAUUAUGAUAAACCUCAGUAUAAACAAUGUCAACAUCUAAAACAACAGAACAAUUUGCACAGCAUGUAAAAUCAGAUUAUACUAACCAUGAAAUGUGUACAUAAUGUUAAUAAUGUAGAUGUUAGAUAUAUUUGGUAUAUUAUUCUAUAUAAUGUUAAAUUCUUUUUUGUAUGUAUUUAUGCAGUAAUUGAUGUGAUCUCUGUAUAGAUAAAUUUAUGAGCCAUAUCACCAAUAAUAUGUAUCUACUUUAUGUAUUUAAUAAGAUGCAUUUUUGUAAAGUGCAUCUAUUCUUAUUAUUACAGUAUUUGCAGUGUUGUGUGUGUUGAUUGCUCAGUUACGAUUCAACAUUUAUCAGCAUAUAAAUGAUUUAUUUUGUCUUUUCUUUGUGAUGUAACAUGGUGACAUUUCAAUAAAAAAACAUUAUUUAACAUGA